AUGGUGGUUGCGGUCCCGGAGUCUUCGGUCAGGGAGGCUUCUGUCCGAGAGGCCCUCGUCCUAGAGGCCCUUAUCACGGAGGCUUUGGUCCCAGAGGCAUUUGUCACGGAGGAUUCGGUCGCGGAGGCUAUUGUCCUGAAGGUCCCACCCUUCUGGACUUUGUCCCGGAUACUACACUCCCAGACUUAUUUCAUUGGAUAUGUAUUUGCCAGAGAGGCUUAUUUCGUUCCAAUAACCUUAACUCCACUGAAACCUGGAGUAAGGAAACUAGACGCAAUAGGUGGUGAUGAAGGAGUUGUUUGGGACGAUGGUGUCUUCGACGAUGUUAGAAAAAUAGAUAUUGGAGAUUAUGAGAACGGUGUAUCUCACUUCAAAACUGAGUAUAACAAAGAUUCUAAACCAAUCAGUCAUCAACAUGGAAAAGAUAGCAUGGUUCCUCACGAGGAAGAAGGUCAUAAAAUCGUCGGAUUCCAUGGAAAAAUUGGUGAUACUUGGGUUCAUCAAAUUGGAGUCUACGUUGCUCCAAUCACCAAUUGA